AUGCCGAAGCCUCUCCGCUUCCCUCCAGGCGGACUGACCAACUCAUCUGCUCCAGGAUACAACUCCAAGGGCGAACGUCUGGUUGCUGGCGUCGUCCCACUGACCGCGGACAAGAGAUAUGUCAUGAUGAUACAGUCGACCAAGCGGAAGGGAUGGGUCCUACCAAAAGGCGGCUGGGAGACAGACGAGGAGUGCACACAAGCGGCGGAGCGCGAAGCUUGGGAGGAGGCUGGAAUCCUGGUUCGCAUCGACUAUGAUUUGGGCGACAUUGUUGAGACGAGAUCCCUCAAGAGCACCAAGCACAAGUCCCUCUACCGCUUCUACGAGGUUACAGUCGUCAAGGAGGAGCGGGACUGGCCCGAGGUGGAGAAGCGCGAGCGCAAGUGGAUGACAUACCUUGAGGCGAAGGAGGCCCUCAAGGAUCGACCCGAGCUACGGGAGGCUCUAGACCGGUCGACAAUGAAGCGGUAG